AUGGCUAUUCGAGUUCCAGCAAUUAUGCAUGUUAAGCAGCUUCUCCGCUGGUCUUUUCUAAGUGGCAAAGAAGCAGCGUUCUCAAAUAAAAUUGUUCCGAAAGGGUUCUUUUCAGUCUAUGUUGGUGAGGACCAGAAGAAGCGAUUCAUUCUACCUAUAUCAUUGCUAAAUGAGCCUUCAUUUCAGAACUUGUUAAACGAGGCCUCGGAAGAAUUUGGGUUUGAUCAUCCAAUGGGUGGUCUAACAAUUCCUUGCAGAGAAGAUGUCCUUAUUGAUCUCACUUCUCGCUUAAACAGAUUGUGAUGCAUGGCAGCAAGAUCAAUCAGCAAAACAGAUUUCUAAACUCAUGCACUUUAUCUCUUUCUGGAGAAGGAUAAGGUGGCAAAUGUACACUCGAUUGAGAAAGUUGUUAAGAAGAAGGUCCUGCAGCAUCUGAAGAACAUAUCCCUUCGCCUUGCUUGGACUACUCAGGCCAAGCAGAUUUUCCAGCUGAUAUGGAGAGUGCAAGAGGAGCCAGAUUUGAAGGCAAUGUGGAGAAACCAGAGGAGGUGCUUCAUGGUUCCAACUUUAUACCCGGAGUAUCUCACAAAAUCCCAUGUAGAGAAGCCUUCAGUGAUCUACUUGUAAUCUGGGUGGCUCAAUAGAGAAAUGAAAGAC